AGAUAUAGUUGACAUUCUUUAUAGUUUGUCUUGACUUUCACUUGCAGCUACUAGAGCGAGCUUGGCACCAUGAGUAGUUUCUGGCAGCAGCCGCAGCCGUCUCCCGAAGAUUUAGUCUCGCAAAUGAUUAUUCUUGAGCAGUUGAAACAGCAAUUUCCGGGAAAUUCCAGUUCAGCGCUAACACCAGAAGCUUCUAAGGUCCAACAGCAGCAGCGACUGUUGAGGCUCAUGAAGCACGCUCACACGUGCCGACUCCCGGUGCAGAGCAGUGGGAAUAGCAGUCAGUUCCACUGCGUCGUACCUGCCUGCCCGACAAUGAAGAACAUCUCGUGCCACCUCGUCAUGUGUACGGCAGGUAAGAAUUGCCUGCACCCCCUCUGCCCUCCCUCCAUUAGUGUGACGAAACACUGGAGGGGGUGUUACGAUACGGACUGCACGAUUUGCGUCGAACUUGAGACCGAUGCAGCAAUGGGAGGAAGCAUCGCGUCUAGAAGUUCUGUGAAGAGGAAUAUCGACUGCGUCUCUAUCAACUCGCAAGAACGCGUUCCUCUGCCUACCCAUACCGGGCAACCUCUCUUGCAGCAGCAGCAGCAGCAGCGAUCGGAGGUUUCCGUUCACCAUAUGCAGGGCGAAUCAUUGACGCAGGAGUCGUGGUUGGGGAUGACGGCAUGCCACUCACAAGGCACCGAGUGGCACGCCGGGAAACCACAGGCAACAGCUGGCAACAUGUUUAAUGUUGCCAGCUCAAGGGGCGACGCGGGCCCGUUCUCUUCUCAGUGCGCCAUCCCAUCGAGCCACCCCAUCACAUCAGAGCAGGAACACCUGUGUGUAACAACUACGAGUUCUGUCAUGGUUACUGGCACUAGCUCCGAGACUGAACUGUUUGAUGCGGUGAAUACUAACUCACUUAGCCAGAGUUUUCCAUAGUUAGUUAUUUUGAAAAAAAUUCCUGAAAAAUGUUUCAUCUAGUUAUCGUUCGGUUUAAUUUAAAAAGAAGUAUUUUCUAAUGUUUUGAUUUAUCCUAUCUCGGUGAUCCCUACUUGAGUAAAAACUUGUGGUUUAGAGGAAUUAGUUACUAAAGCCAAUGAGCGUAAAAGUACUCUCGCACAUCGGAUGUACUCUCGGACCCGGGUAUCGUUGACAUGCUGCUUGGCGUUGAUUUAGCUCAAGUUUUGCCAGUGCGUUCGUGUAGUUUUGGUAAUUCCUCUUAGUUGUCGCUGGUGUAUUAUUGUUCACUUGGAAUAAUGCUGGCUGGAGACGUUGCCGUAUUGAGGCGUAAUUUACCACACCUGCACCUGGUGAAAACCUGUAUAGAAUUAUCUUGACCAAGAUAUUUCCAGUUGGAAGUUAAUCGUUUGGGUCUGAGUUAGUUGUAAGUUUAUUUGGCCGGCUACAGUUUCCCAACAUUUCUUGCUAUGGUGUAAGCGGCCUUCCGCAUUUCUUCAAACCCACCUUUGAAGAUAGAAGCUAAACGCAAACACCUAGUCAGAUUCAGAAGCAGCCCAGCAGACAGAUUCAUUACGACGGCCGAUUCAUUACGACGGCCGAUUCAUUACGAGUGAACGAUUCAUUACGACUGAAGGUCUCGCUCCAUUACGACGUUAUGGAGUGAGACCUUCAGCGUGCGUCUCACUGAGGUGGCGGCCUCGAGGUGUUGGGACGAUCGGGGGGCUGCGGCAUCAGCUCGUCUUCUCACGGAGGACGGGUCUCUGCGAGAGCUGAGGAGAGGACCGGAUGCUGCAGGUUGGUUGCCCGUCACUUAAGCUCAGGGUGUUGUGGUGGCUUGUAGCUCCGGCCGGUUUCCAUUAUGGUUAACCGUCUCCCCUUCACCACUAUUCUCGACCCAAAUAAUAAAACCCGUCUUGUCUUCCAGCUGAAUAUAUAUUCCUUAGAAAGCAAUUUGAUCUAUAAAUCUCUUAUUUUAAGAUGACUUCUAAUUUUUAGAGCAUAGCUGCUAGGUCCGUAAAUUUAAGCACUUGACUAUAUUUGGACCCCGAUAUUCGGCGUGCGCUAAAUUUUCAUCACAUAAAUUGGUUUUGGUUUAAUUCAGAUCAGUUGGCAUUUGUUUUGAUAGGAUGGGCGGCACGGAACUUAGCGCGUCAGUUUCUCUGUGCUACCUGGCUGGCUUGCGCUGGCCAGGUAGCAUUGCGCACUCUUGCUCCCGAUUUCCGAGGACUUCCACCGGGCAGCAGCUCGAUCCAGUUUACUAUUCGAAAAAUUAAUUUUGUGGUGUUCCCAUGAACACUGUUCAGAAAGAAUAAAUACUUUAAUCUUC